AUGAAGUUGGAUGUCAUUCAACAAAACAUUGAUAAGGACCCGUCUAAUGGUGAUCUACGGGCCGAGGAGACUGCUACUAACCGUGAAUUACAGGAUGCUUUGUUGGAUGAGGAGCGGUUCUUAAAACAAAAAUCUAAGGUGGAUUGGCUAGCUGCGGGUGACAUGAAUACUGCUUUUUUUCAUUCUUCUUUGAAAGCCAAAAAUCAUUUUAGCAGAAUUGAUGUUAUUAGUGAUUCGGGAGGGACUCUCUAUGAGGGUGACAUGGUGUAUAAAGCUUUUGUUCAGCAAUAUGAAAAAUUUUUUGGUUCUCAGGGUGACAUAUCGCUUGAGCCGGCUCCGGAUUUAUUUCCGAAAAGGUUAUCCCAUGAUGUUGCUACUUAUAUGGUUAGACAGAUAACGGUGGAGGAGGUCAAGAAGGCGAUGUUUUCUAUUGAUUUUUUUGAUACUGGUAACCUGCUCCGGGAAUUGGAUCAUACUCUUAUUGUGCUUAUUCCUAAGGUUUCGACUCCGUUGCUUGUUACGGACUUUAGGCCGAUUGCUUGUUGCAAUGUUUUCUACAAAUGCAUCAGUAAGAUUAUUGCAGAAAGAAUAAAGGGAGCUCUUGAUAAUAUUGUCAGCAUAAACCAGUCUGCCUUUGUUCCGGGACGAAAGAUUUCGGAUAACAUUCUUUUAACGCAAGAAUUAAUGCAUAAUUAUCAUAGAGAUGUGGGUCCUCCAAGAUGUGCAUUUAAAGUUGAUAUUCAGAAAGCUUAUGAUACAGUAGAUUGGAGGUUUCUUAAAAGUGUGCUGAUUGGUUUUGGGUUUAACAGUAAGAUGGUGGAGUGGAUUAUGCUAUGUGUGUCUACUACCUCUUUUUCGGUUUGUGUUAAUGGUGCAGUGCAUGGUUUUUUCAAGGGUAAUCGUGGGCUAAGGCAAGGAGAUCCAAUGUCUCCUUAUUUAUUUACUCUUGUUAUGGAGGUCUUAACGGGUAUUCUUCAUCAUUCGGUCCGAAUUGAUUCUUCUUUCAAGUUCCAUAACAGAUGUGAAAGGCAGCGGAUUAUUAAUCUGUGUUUUGCGGAUGAUUUAUUUCUGUUUGCUAGAGGAGAGGUGAAUUCGGCUAGGUGUAUUAUGUCUUCUCUCUCGAAAUUUACAAAGAUGUCGGGGUUAGUGCCUAGUAACCAGAAAAGUACUGUUUUCUUUUGUAAUGUAAAGAAUCAGGUCAAACAAGCUAUUCUGGAUAUUAUGCCUUUUACAGAAGGAAAGUUACCUGUGAAGUACUUGGGGGUGCCCCUGAUUUCUGCUAGGAUUGGUUAUAAUGAUUGUCGUGUGCUUGUUGAAAGAUUAGAAAAGCGAAUUAUGCAUUGGAGGAAUAAGCUUUUAUCGUUUGCAAGAAGGCUUCAACUUAUUAUCUCUGUGCUCUCUUCAAUGCAUAUUUAUUGGUCUUCGGUCUUUAUCUUGCCAGCUCGGAUUAUUCAGGAAUUAGAAGCUAAAAUGAGAAAUUUCUUAUGGUCUCAGGAUUCAUCUUUCAAUAAAGGUAAAUCAAAAGUUUCUUGGAAAUUGGUAUGUACGCCUAAAUAUGAAGGGGGUUUGGGUAUUAGGCGUAUUGGGGAUAUGAAUAAAGCUCUGAUGUCGUCUCAUAUUUGGAGUAUUGUCUCCAAUCGUGAGUCUCUGUGGGUUAAAUGGGUUCAUUCCUAUCAUUUAAAACAUAAGAGCUUCUGGAUUUGUAAAACGCCUACGAAUAGUUGUUGGUCUUGGCGAAAACUUAUUCAGAUGAGGCCUUUAAUUAGAAAUCAUAUAUGGUCGGAGCUAGGGAAUGGUGGUAAUACUUCAGCCUGGUUUGAUUAUUGGAGUGAGUUGGGCGAUUUUAUAUCGCCAAGAAAUAUUUCUGAUGCUGAUUUUAGAUUGGACAACCGGGUGGCCGAUGUGUAUGCUGAUGGUUCUUGGUUGUGGCCUACUGCUUGGAGGGAUAUUUUUCCUGUUCUUAAUCAGAUUGAUCAUGUUCAUUUAGAUCCCUUGAAAGUUGACAGAUUGUUAUGGAAAGAUGGUAGUGACAUUAACGAAUUUUCUUCUUCUGGUGUUUGGCACUCUCUUCAGCAUAGAGAACCGGAAGUGGAUUGGUGUAGCAUUGUUUGGUUUGCCCGGUGUAUCCCUAGACACGCAUUCAUGAUAUGGUUAAUUAUGAAAGGUAAGCUCCUUACGCAAGAUAAAAUUCUGCAAUGGGAUUUAUCUAGAAGAAAAAACAUGAAUAUGAUGUGCUGUUUAUUGUGCUAUGAGAAUGUUGAUUCUCAUCCGCACCUAUCUUUUGAAUGUAAGUACUCAACUCAAGUGUGGCUUAAAGUUAGAGACAGGGUCGGAAUGAGUUCUAUUUCGCCGAGAUGGACGGAUAUUGUUCAAUGGCUUUGUAAUCGUGAUCAUCAAAGAAGGGCCGAUACUUAUGUUGCUAAACUACUUGUAGCGGCUGCAGCGUAUAGUAUUUGGCAAGAGAGGAAUGCCAGGCUAUUUAAAAAUCAGUUAAGACCUCCUGAGACGGUUAGUGAUGUAAUCAUGAAUACAGUGCGAUACAAGUUGAUGGGAGCUAAGCUGAAGAAUACCGUUAGGGUGCGUAACCUUCUUAGAGAAUGGGAGAUUCAUACGAAAGAUAAGGAUGACGAUGGGGGCUGA